GUCAGUUUUGAGUGUGUGUGACAUCCCUCAGGACACACCCUAUUUACGAUAACGCUUUUCUUCAAACUUGUCUCGGCCAGUGAGGAAAUUUAAUAGCCAGCAACCACUGCAAGCUCACGGUAGACUGAAUGACCAUGACUGAAGAAACAGCCACAGGGGCUCCUACGAGGGACCCCAGGCAAGAUAAACAGAUUCCUGAGGAGGGAGUCAAGCCAAGGGGCAAAUGGGCCAACAACACGGAGUUCCUGCUCUCCAUGGCUGGGGAGAUCAUUGGACUUGGAAAUGUUUGGCGUUUCCCCUAUCUGUGCUAUAAGAAUGGAGGAGGCGUCUUCCUUAUCCCUUACGUUGUGUUCCUCUUCUUCUGCGGCAUCCCCGUGUUCUUCCUGGAGACGGCGUUAGGCCAGUACACGAGUGAGGGCGGGGUGACCGCCUGGAGGAAGAUAUGCCCCAUGUUCGAGGGUGUUGGGAUUGCAUCCCAAGUGAUUGUGUUGUACCUGAACAUCUACUACAUCGUGGUGUUGGCUUGGGCCAUCCUCUACUUGUAUAACUCCUUUAAAAGCCCGCUGCCCUGGUCAACAUGUGACAACCCCUGGAACACUGAUUUGUGUCACGGGCACUACAGCCACUUUGCCAACCCUCAUUUGUAUCAACCAGGCUCCAACUGGUCAUUCCUGAACAACCUCACCUCACUUGAUUACUUUGAUUAUUUUUUCAGGAAUGCAACUGAUUCUACCUUUGUCAGGACAUCAGAAAUGGAAUUCUGGAUGAAUCGAGUGCUGAGAAUUUCAGAUGACAUGUCCCUUGGUAAGGUUCACUGGGACCUGGCCGUGUGUCUCCUGAUUGCCUGGGUUGUGUGUUACAUCUGCAUCUUUAAGGGAAUCAGAUCCACAGGAAAGGUCGUGUACUUCACUGCUACAUUCCCCUACGUGAUUCUGCUCAUCCUCUUCUUCCGUGGCGUGACACUCCCUGGAGCCGGAGAUGGACUGAAAUAUUACCUCAUGCCUGACUUCAGCAAGCUCGGUGACCCAAGCAUAUGGCGAGACGCUGGGACUCAGGUGUUCUUCUCCUACGCAGUGUGUCAGGGAGUUCUCACCUCUCUGGGAAGCUACAACAAAUAUAACAACAACUGCUACAGGGAUUGCUUGGCACUUUGUUGCCUGAACAGUGCCACCAGUAUCUUUGCUGGUUUUGCUGUGUUCUCAGUGCUGGGGUUCAUGGCUCAUGAACUGGGCGUGCCAAUGGAAAAUGUUGUCGAAUCUGGUCCUGGUCUGGCCUUUAUAGCAUAUCCAAGGGCUCUGUCGAUGCUGCCAGGCUCAUCCUUCUGGGCCAUUCUCUUCUUCCUCAUGCUCAUCUUCCUCGGCCUGGACACCCAGUUCGUGUGUGUGGAGAGCCUGUCCACCGCCCUCACAGACAUGUUUCCACGUUACCUGAGGAGACGGGGAGGUAGAGAAGUCCUGGUCCUGGUCAUCGUUGUUGUCUGUUUUCUACUGGGGCUGCCACUCAUCACGGAGGGAGGGAUUGUCCUCUUUACCUUGAUCGACAACUACGGUCCCAGCGGAAUCAGCCUCCUCUUUAUUGCCUGUUUUGAGACCAUUGUUAUUGCCUGGGUUUAUGGUGCGGACCGUUUCUGUGACAACAUCGAGGACAUGAUCGGCUACGCCCCAACCCGCGUCUUGAAGUACUGCUGGCUGUUCAUCACACCGACCAUCUGUGGAAUCACACUGCUGUACGACCUGUCCGAAACACAACCUCUAGCGGUGUAUGAAUAUUACCCUGGUGCUUGGGGGACUACAUUUGGGAGUGUACUCAUCCUUACUCCCCUGAUGUGCAUCCCUGUCUUCAUUUUUGUCAGAUUAUGUAAAAAUCCCGACAACAUGAUGACACCAUCCAGUGAUCUGCGUCAGGCUCAACCACACAAGCCAAUUCUCACUUUGUGUGGCAAGGUCAUCUUCAAGGCGCAGGGGAAGCCGAACAGGAGUGUGUACGAAGUAGACGAUAAGAUGAUGAUGGAGGAGCCCGGCAGCGUUUGAUGGUCACUGAGGAAGCAAAGAAAACCUGCAGAUGGUAGACAAUUAUGUGACUUUUUUUUAAAACUGAUAUGCAACUUCUUUUUUUAAAACAUCUAAAGAUUUCAGUCAGGGAUAUAUUUUCUGUAUGUUUUUAUGUUACAUUACUUUUUAUCCUAUGAAUACAUAUGUAAAUGACAUAUAUACAUAUAUAACCCAUAAUAGUGUAAUGGGCUUAUAAAAGAACUACUACAUGCAGCAGAGCCAGUUAAAUCCUCUUUUUUUUUAUUCCACUCGUUCUUUUUCCUUCCUGAAAACUUGGCUCCUGCAUUUCCCACAAUGCAUCUCAAACAUAGCAAGUUCAGAAGGACAUUUAGCUGCUUGUAGCAUCAAAUUUAUCCUUAAGCCACCAAAGGUCCACUGUCUAAGUACAGUAACAAACAAUUUUAUUCUAUUGGAUUUGUAAGAUUCAGCCCCGGCUAAUGAGGACUCGAGUGACAUCACUUUAGUCAAUUUUUGAAAUGAGUUAUAUCACAGUGAUGGUGGUAUCAUUGACAUGAAUUUUUUUUUUUUUUGCACUACACAUUAUGUUUUUUCAUAUAUAGAUGUUUACACUUUGUGUAACAAACAAAGUUUUUUAAAUGUACUAAUGAUCUUCAAUUAUUUUCAUGUUUUUAUACGUAUCCCAAACAAUGGUGACAAGCUGUACAAUUUCCAUUAAACGUUUCUGUAUGCUACAUA